AUGGAUGGUCUAGAGAAUGCACCAAGGUCUUUACAUGAGUCUGCAGUUCUUAGCUCACAAGAUUCUCAUCCAUCCUUUGAAGCGGAGAGUGAUUCUUUAGGGCGACGGCGGUUACAACUUCGUGAUGGCAAGGUAACUGGUGGAUCUACAAUCGCUCGCAUGAUUACAAAUACCUUUAAGCAAUGGAUUGACACUGAGGGUGUCAACUGGAAGGCUGUAUCGGAAGAGACAAAAGAAUUUUAUUGGAAAGAAUUUAAGAAAAAAUGUUGUUGGGAGUCCUUCGAAGAAGCAGGGAUAAAGGCUACAUGGAGAUCAAAGGUAGUUGUGCGCUAUAAGGACAUGGUUUUAGAUUUAAAGAAUUUCAGGGAUAGGCCCUUGUACAUUUCUAAAGAAACUUGGGCAAAAUUUGAGCAGCACUGGAAUGACCCCAAGGUCAUUCAACAGUUAGAGAUAUAUUCUAGAAACCGCCGUGCUGCUGCAAAUGCUCAUGGACCGUCCACCCACAUAGGCGGAUCCAUAACAUAUGCUGAAUGGUUUGAUAAAUUGAUUGUUGUGCGAUUGAAUUGUGAGAUUUUUGUUGAUUUCUAA